AUGCUCCGUGACCUGGAGAUCAAGUAUUAUGGGGACGAAGAGAGGCAUCCUUACUCUCAAGAGCAAUUCAAUGACGCCAUUAUGUCCGGUAAUUUUAUGCGUGUUCGAAAAGCUAUGGUGAACAACGUGUUGACGGCGCCACGGUUGGCCAUGUGGACGAAUCCGUACGGUGCAAAUCUAUUGCAUUUGCUGUGUCGGUCAACAAAAUGUGACGGUCAGCAUGCUGGUGAUGAUAUAGCGACAGUACUCUGCAAUAUUGCACCAUCUUUACUUAGCGGUCGUGACAACAUGGGAAGGAUUCCGCUGCAUGACGCGGUUGACAGAGGACAGGUUUGCCGCGUUAUUCGGUUGCUAACCUUUCACUCACCGGUUAAUGCUGUCGAUCGAAAUGGUAACACACCGUUGUCACUGGCGUACUUGAAAAAUCAUGCGAAGAUGGUAAAGAUCCUGCUGCAAGCUGGUGCCGCUUUUCACUCUUUGGAAAGCGCUGAACGACGUUCUCUCACACAACUGGGCCGUUUCCAGACAACGUGGCAGACACGAUGCUGGGGUGGAUUGCGACUUGCCCAAGCGCCAAUGCACAAUGGACGACCGUUAGAGCCAACGAGUAUUGUUGAACGAGGCGAUCAUAUGAUAUUCUACAUCAGUCCUGUGAACGGCGUGAAUACACUCCAAAUCAGGAUAACUGAGGCGGAAAUGUGA